AUAAAACUUGUUGCCAAACCCUUUGUCUCAAUUUCACUGAAUUUUCUUCCCGACUUCUCUGCAUUUUCCAUCUUCUCUCCCUUCACAUUGGAGGAACUGAACCAAAAGCCAAGAAGCAGUAGGAUUGAACAAAGGAAUAGAAAAUAUGCACUCUUUCGGGCACAGAUUAAAUGGUCUCUUAACCUUUUCCGUGACGAUACUGGCAAUAAUGUGUGCUAUCGCGUCUCUCUCGGACAACCUUAAUGCUCCUUCUCCCACGGCAGAAAUCAAGAUUAUGAACAUAAACUGGUUCCAGAAGCAGCCGCAGGGUAAUGACGAGGUCAGCCUGACAAUGAAUAUAUCGGCUGAUUUGCAGUCAUUGUUCACAUGGAACACAAAACAGCUUUUCAUAUUUGUAGCUGCUGAGUACGAAACCCCAAAGAAUUCUUUGAAUCAGGUUUCACUUUGGGAUGCUAUAAUACCUGCCAAAGAGCAUGCGAAGUUUUGGAUCCAUACCUCAAACAAGUAUCGUUUUGUUGAUCAGGGAAACAAUCUCCGUGGCAAAAAAUUCAACUUGACAUUGCAUUGGCAUGUCAUGCCUAAGACCGGAAAGAUGUUUGCUGACAAAAUUGUCAUGGCUGGCUAUAGUUUUCCGGAGGAAUAUAGAUAAGGUUUUCUUGGUGUAUGUUUUGAGGUUGCUGUAACUUAACCUUUCUCAGUAUGUGGGGAUAUUGUAGCUCAGCUGAAUCGUAGAACUCGAAAGCCUCCUCCAAAUUGAUACAUUAAACCUCAGUUGAACUUGGAAACAUUGACAUUUGAGUACUUCAUGUUUGAUAAAAUGAGGAAAUGGGGUAUUCUUAACCUUUUUAAAACA